UGUACGUACGUUUGCACUACUGGUUCGGGUUGUGAUUGUUUAGUGCACCGGGACGUUUUUGUAUUUGCGCUAGUUCGUCGUGUUUUAAAGGACCCGCAAACAUGACCGAGGACGUGCAGAAGCACUCAGUCCACACGCUUGUGUUUCGCUCUUUGAAACGGACUCAUGAUAUGUUUGUGGCGGAUCAUGCCAAACCUAUAUCGCAGGACGAGCAGAGCUUCAAGAUGAAGAUGGCAGCAAAGAUGCGGGCAGAAUACAAAGCUGUCUUACACAUGCCUGUGCUGAAGGAGGGCCGAGAAAAGGGGUCCCUCCACACCUCUGACCCAUAUGGCCAAUCGACAUACCCUCUGCCUGACACUACUCCAGAAUACUUGGUGACAGGAACACACCCUUAUCCAUCUGCUCCAGGAGUUGCCCUCACUGCAGACACACAAAUGCUGAAGAUGCCCAGUGAGAUAGGUGUUCACUCCAUGGCCCUUGCUCUUCCUCCUUCUCAAGCAAGGCAGGAAGCCAGUCGAACUGCAGCCAGUGUGGCAGAAAUCCACAGACAUGCAGGAGGAGCAGAGAGAUCUCAUGCCCCACAACAUGCACUGUCCCUCAUGGAAGGAGGCACAAGGACAUUGGUGCCAAGAAAGGCUCCCACCAUGCCCAAACCUCAAUGGCAUCCACCAUGGAAACUGUACAGAGUCAUCAGUGGUCAUCUGGGCUGGGUCAGAUCUAUAGCAGUGGAGCCUGGAAACCAGUGGUUUGUAACUGGAUCCGCAGACAGAACUAUAAAGAUUUGGGAUCUUGCCAGUGGUAAGCUGAAGUUGUCUCUAACGGGGCACAUCAGCACAGUGAGAGGGGUGGCCGUCAGCAACCGCAGCCCGUACCUCUUCUCUUGCGGGGAGGACAAACAAGUUAAAUGCUGGGACCUCGAGUAUAAUAAGGUUAUACGGCAUUAUCAUGGUCACCUGAGUGCAGUCUAUGACCUUGACCUCCAUCCAACCAUUGAUGUGCUGGUGACUUGUAGUCGAGAUGCCACAGCCAGAGUUUGGGACAUCAGGACCAAGGCAAAUGUCCAUACUCUUUCUGGACACACGAACACAGUGGCUACGGUCAAAUGUCAAAGCGCAGAGCCGCAGGUUGUUACAGGAAGUCACGACACCACCAUUAGACUCUGGGAUCUGGUCGCUGGCAAGACGAGAGCAACGCUGACUAAUCACAAGAAGUCUGUCAGAGCACUGGUGCUCCAUCCCAGACAGUACACCUUUGCCUCUGGCUCUCCAGACAACAUUAAGCAGUGGAAAUUUCCUGAUGGGAACUUCAUCCAGAAUCUUUCAGGACACAACGCCAUUAUCAACACACUGGCUGUCAAUUCUGAUGGUGUUCUGGUGUCAGGAGCUGAUAACGGCACUAUUCACAUGUGGGAUUGGAGAACUGGCUAUAACUUCCAGAGGAUUCAUGCAGCGGUGCAGCCUGGUUCUCUAGACAGCGAGUCUGGCAUUUUUUCAUGUGUGUUUGAUCAGUCUGAGAGUCGACUCAUAACAGCAGAGGCUGAUAAAACCAUAAAGGUCUACAAAGAGGAUGACACAGCGACUGAAGAGUCCCAUCCAGUUAAUUGGAAGCCUGAGAUUCUGAAAAGAAAGAGAUUUUAGUUUCGAAUUUUUAUUUUUUUUUACCCUUCCAUUUUGUUGUUUUAGCAAGCUAAUUUCUAUGGCUACGUCUGCUUUAAGGCAUAAAUGUAAACAGAAUAAGAUCACAUUGCACUGCAUAUUAAACAAAACCCUUGUCUGUCUACUCCAAACAUGAUUUACUGGUCUGUGAGACCCGGUCUGCUAAUUUUUCAUUCUGAAAUGGAAGAAAUCCUGCAGAAAAAUACAAUAAUGGUGAAUGUUCUGUUUUGGAAAUGUACACUCUUAUUGCUCUGAUCAGAAAGACAAAAAGAGUCAUGUACAUGGAUACUUUAUAAAUCUUUGCAAAUAUGGUGUUACAUGUUUUCUAAGUUGAAUUGAAUUUCACAUCGGAUCAUAACAUUUCUUCACAGUUUGCUUGAAAUUCAGAGAAGAACUGUUUAUACUGUUUUGUCUAAAACAUUUUCCUGAUGUGACAUUUUGUAAAAUAAAAAAGGUUUAAUCAUGUUGAA